CCUAAAGGCCGGAGUCAGCCGGCGGCCCGUGACAACUAGGGUUGGCUUGGGUCCUCCAUCGUCAUCGCUGUCGACCCUAUCGAUUCCAUAGUCUGCCGUGUUAUGCUUCCAUGUUACCAACAUCCCUGGCGAGCUUCCUCGUCUCGUUUCUCAACGUUCUCACCAAUAGCAAGGUUCCACUAGCCCCACCGCAGCCCCUACAGUUCCAGCUUCGCCACGUCCAUGCAGUCUCGUCUUCAGCUCGAGUCGUUUUUGCCGACAUAUCAUCAAAUACUGAUACCGAGUCUCUGCACUCUUAUAGUGACAACUCAUAUAAUCUAACAACACGAAAGGUCAAGGCCUUCAGGCCUCCCAGCUUUGAUGCAUUUUCUCAAGCUCGCGUGCGUUCAAUGAAGUUUGGACAGAGUGAAAGCCUAGAAUGGGAAGAAGAUCAGGUCCUCGCGCCGGAUAUCGAAGACCGAGAAACCCUGCUUGUGUUGGCUAAAAUGGCCAACAACGCUUACGUCGUACCCGACGAGGGCUCAUGGUACGAUCUAGGCGCAAACUGGACAGUCUCUUAUCCAUUUGGUUGGGAACCCGAUGACGACGGGUUCAGAGGUCAUGUCUUUGCGACGCCUGAUAACGAGACCGUUGUACUAUCCAUCAAGGGAACCUCUGCGGGUGUUUUUGAUGGAGGAGGUCCGACUGUAAAGAAGGAUAAACUAAAUGACAACCUACUCUUCAGCUGUUGCUGCGCUAGGAUCGACUGGACGUGGACUACCGUUUGCGGAUGCUAUCGUGGGGGAUGGAAGUGUGAUCAAGACUGCGUCGAGGAGGCACUCAUAGAAGAAAGCCUCUUCUACCCCGUUGGGAUAAAUCUGUACAAUAACCUGUCGUACAUGUACCCCGAUUCCAACAUAUGGAUCAUCGGACAUUCUUUGGGUGGGGCUCUAGCGAGUCUGGUCGGUGCCACUUUCGGCGCCCCAGUUAUCACAUUUGAAGCACCAGGAGAGAAAAUGGCCGCGUCUCGACUUCAUCUCCCAUCACCGCCUUCCACGCAGCACAUUACCCACGUUUACCACACAGCCGAUCCUAUUGCAAUGGGGACAUGCAACGGCAUUCUUUCAUCUUGUGCCCUGGGUGGAUACGCCAUGGAGUCUCGAUGCCAUCUGGGCGAAUCUAUUGUCUAUGAUACAGUCUCGAACCUUUCAUGGGCCGUCGAUAUACGAACACAUGGUAUUGUCACCGUGAUUGAGAAGGUUCUUACAGAUCCAUGGCCUCCCAGCGUUGAUGUAGGACGACAAGUUCCUGAAGCUGUUCCAGAAGAGGACUGCGUGGAAUGUUAUAGCUGGGAAUAUGGAAACUUUGGCUAGUAGAGGCAAGUUGUCGAGCCCUAGAACCUGCCAUGAUGGAGAUGAGAUAUAGAUCAGCAUGUUGUACUUUAUAUACGCCUGGAACCUUGAUUAAUACCUUAUUGUAGUUACUUAUCUCCUUGCGCCACAGUACUUGGUGAAAUCGUUGUGGCGGUGUUGAGUUAUUUGCCAUCAUGG